AUGUGGACGUACUAUCGUCCAAUACACACUCAAUGGCGUCUAGCAGCCGGCAACUCUUCAACAGAAGCCGCCACGAUCCGGCAGCCUCUCCUCUUGCCACUUGGGGCUGUCAACAAAUGCCAUUUCCAUGUCACACUGCGACUGCACACGCCACGCAGUACCUACACGUCAGCUCACAGUGGCCAUGUUCGAUUGCUAAGCCGUGAAGCAAUGGCCCAGAUCCUGUACUUCCUCUGGCAUGCUGCCAUAUCCCCUAUUGUGCAAGCAAAAACUGUAUUGCCCGACUCGCCAUGGCGACCAAGGUCUAGCAUCUGCGCGGCUCUGCGGAUGGCACGCGCAACCGUGGGUAUUGUAAGGGGACGGGUGGAAAAACGGUCCAGAGGCCGUCCUGGUGAGGCAAGAGUGCGCGCGUCUUACUAUUCUCAUCGCGAUUGCGCUGGCCACAUUCGCGGCUGCGACUCGCAUACCUUAGUCAGGAACAUUUUCGACUGCUUGACAUGGUUACGAAUCGGACACGACAUUCAGGGUCUCCUUUCUUCCCGGAGCCUACCAAGGCCUACGUCCUUGCUGCUGAAUAGAGAAAAGCUUCUUGAUUCAGGGCAGACCACGGCUUAUUCGAAAAGUGCGGAACGUUGCCGAUGCCGAAAUCUCGACAAUCUUUUGAACAAGAAACUUGGACGUCUGCAAAGGUCGCAGCAGAGCUCCACUCGUAACCCUCCGGAUGUAACGACGCAAGUAGGUACGGUAGGAACGUCCGAAAGGGGUCCGAUACGACUUAAAGGCAUAUGGGAGUACGCUUCUGUAUCGAGAUUGAACGAAUUGAUUCCUACACCCAUAGGUCUUGUACAAAUGGACAAGAAGAACUUGUCCAUCCAUCUAUCAGCAUCAGGCUCCUUUUAUGUCUGGAGGCAGAGCGGACUCGGACCAGAGUCGGGGCGGUAUCGGCACUGGGCCUGGGUUGCCUGCGCUGGUCUAGGAUGGAACGAGGGUUGCACUCGUUACACCGGAGGAGCUAUCCUGCCUUCGAAAAUGGCCUUCUGGGAUAUGAAUUUUGCUUGCAGAAGAAGUGUUAUAAUGCCCACGAACUAUACACCAGACGGUGACAUGGCCUGCUCAAAGUCUAUCUUGUAUAUUAAUGUAUGCAUUCUCACGGAAGUUACCUUGUCCCUCCCACAGCAAUGA